AUGGCUUCUAAUGGGUCUGAAUCGCCAGACGAGAGUUUCUUCAAUGAUCUCUCCCAACAAGCGCAAGAGACGAAUUCUACCAACAACCAGGAAACACAGCAGGACCAGUCAAAUAAAGUCAAAAGGAUCGCUUGUGUUCUGUGCAGGAAGAGGAAGUUGCGUUGCGACGGCGCCCGGCCGACAUGUUCCACUUGCAAGCGACUAUCUCACGAUUGCGCCUACGACGAAGUCCGCAAGAAAAGUGGACCCAAGCGUGGCUACGUGAAGCUGCUCGAACAACGACUGCAGCAGGUCGAGACCCUCCUGAAGACCCAAGACACGGCCGACUCGAGCAAAGAAGCCCCGCGCCAGAAUUCCGCUUCCGCAUACGUCGCAAACACCAUAAACCAAGCGCUGCCGAUUUCUAGAGACGUUCCCAACGCAACAGGCAGUGCCCCAGUAGGAAUCAGUGCAUCCAGAGUUCCCGGCGUAGGCCCAUUUCAAAAUGUCGGCGCGACAGGAAACGAUGUGGAGACCGAGACCUCAUGGGAGAUGAUAGGGCUUGGGCUCGAGGAGCCUCUACCGCCCCAAGAAAUUAUGGACGACCUGUAUCAAAUAUACUUCUCCAAGAUCCAUCUCACAAUGCCCAUCAUACAUAGACCACGAUUCCUCGCCGCUCUAAACCUGGCUCCUCAUAUGCGGCCGCCAGUUUGCCUGCGAUACAUCAUGUGGACCCUCGCUGCAUCCAUCACCGACAAAUACGAAGCGCUACAAGAACACUUCUACCAACGUGCCAGGAAAUAUGCGCAAAUGGAUGAGAUGAAGGGCCACGGAGAGUCGACCAUUACCCUUGCACAUUGUCAGACGUGGGUUUUGAUGGCUACAUAUGAGUUCAGACAGAUGUACUUCCCAAGGGCCUGGCUGUCAUCCGGGAGAGGCUCAAGACUAGCUCAGAUGAUGCAGCUACAUCGCCUGGAUGGUGUCGGACUAGAUGUGAAGCAAUGCCUAGCUCCACCCAAGGACUGGACCGAGCGUGAGGAACGCCGGAGAACCUUUUGGCUGACCUUUUGCGUUGACCGAUAUGCAAGUAUUGGAACUGGUUGGCCAAUGACCUAUGAUGAGAAAGACAUCAUGACAAACCUACCAGCAAGCGACGAGGCAUUCGAGAAGAGUAGACCGAUGUCAACAGGGACACUGGAAGAGGUUCUGAAUCCUAAUGGCAUAGCAAACCUCCAGGCACUCGGCGGUAUCGUCCUCACAGCUGCGAUGUUUGGCCGCAAUUUACUUCACUUACAUCGGCCUCUGCCAGAUGACAACGACGACGAUAUCAACGGUGGUUUCUGGAACCGACACCGACACAUUGAGCGUAUACUUCUUCAAACGUCACUGGGUCUACCGGAUCAUCUCCGUCUACCAUCCGGUAUAAUGGAUCCCAACGUCACAUUCGCAAAUAUGUGCAUCCAUACUUCGGCAAUAUGUCUCCAUCAAGCUGCCAUCUUCAAGGCAGACAAGUACCGGCUACCAGCAAGCGUCAGCAAUGAAAGUAAGAUCCGAUGCGUAACAGCAGCAGCAGAAAUUGCUUCCAUAAUGCGCAUGGUCAGCCAUAUGGACCUUGGUACGAUGAAUCCCUUUAUUUCCUUCUGUAUUUACGUGGCAGCAAGAGUGUUUGUCCAGUACCUCAAGACCCGGCCGAAUGAUCAGCAAAUGACCUCCUCGCUGCAAUUUCUCUUGCAAGCUAUGGAAGCCCUUCGUCGGAAGAACCCACUCACAGAGUCGUUCUUAGUGCAGCUAGAUCUCGACUUGGAAGGUGCGGGCCUGCAAGGCAUGCGUAACCAGCCAUCAGCACAGUCUACGGGCAAAUCUACCGUCAUUUCGAUCCAUUCUGAUCCGCAAAUCAACUGUAGUCCGUUGAUCAACAUAAACAAUUCGCAGAAUCGAACCGCGUCCACCAAUACAUUUGGAAACGGUGUCCCACCCAUCCCAGCAUCAACAUCGAAUACGCAGUACUCGAACAAUAUACCUGCCCCGCCGUUUCACCUUCACAAUAUCAACAGUAUCGACAUGAAUACCCAGAACGCGGCCUUUUUGCCUUCUCAGUUUGAUUCAAACGGAGGAUUUGCUGCCACUCAAGACUUUACUCCUGCCGGUUUCGCGUUCCAUGAUGGGAACGAGAUGGACCUCUCUGGAGGCGAUAGAGGUGUCGAUCAGCCCAGCCCGGCAACAAUAAGCACACAAUCACGAGGCGGUUCGACAUCACAAUCUUCUUACUCUCCAGGUCAACCAAUCGAGCACAACAUUCCAUAUCGAGCGUCCCCGAAGAUGGCAAGGCCGACGAUGGGAUCUGGCACCGGCUUCCCAGGCUUUGUGGCUACCAGCGAAACGUAUCCUGCUAAUAACUUUGGCGCAUCCGGGAGCAUGGGUAAUGAAAGUUACAACGACGGUUUCGUGAUGGGCAACGAAUGGGAAUACGCGGCGCUGAACGCUGGGACAGGACUUACACCGAUGGCAGACGCAUCAUCCAACAACCGAAUGUCCGACUCGUCCAACGUAUCUUCAUUACAACGCACCUUCACAGAUCCCGUUGUCGACGCCGAUGCACGCCCCUCGUCCUCGCACGAACCCAAGUCGCACAGCCGAACAACAUCGAAGAUGAGCAUAGAUGAAGUCGUAGCCAAUGUUGGAAGGCCGCUGGUACAGCCACCACGCGGGCGGGACACGUCGAGGUCGUCGUCGCCAUCACGAACACCAAGCGUGCCAUACCGCGAGAGGGAACAGCGUCAGGCGGAGCAGGGUGAGGCACGAGCUAUUCGCGUUGCCAUGGAGGACCUGGAACUCGCGCAGGAAGAGGGCAAGAUAUUCGAGGCGGCACGAGACGAAGCUGUGGAACUGGUCUGGAAGCAUUGCAAUCCCCAUGCGGCUGGCGCCAGUCCGACCAAACCGUAUGCUUAUCCGGGUCUGGCCAGGAAGAACAGCGCGCAGAGGAGUCGGAGCGUCGAACCGAAGGAUCAGGAUCUGCAGCGGGCCAAUUCUAAACUGCGGAAGCGACAUUCGGUGGGAAGUGCCGCGUCAGGGAGCAGGAGUAGCAGCUUACAGAGCAACGGCGCCGGAAGCCAUACCGAUACAUCAGUCGCUGGGAAUGCAGGCUUCAGUACGUCGCCUACCAAGAGCAGCUUUGACAUAAAGGGCAACCAGGACGAGUCAACAGCACUAAAGAAAGCCAUUUCAGACCUCCCAGACUUUAGAGGACGACGAAGGAGCAGCGGACAGCGCCGAACGAUCAGCGGGAGUCUCUUCUCCAACCCCAAGGACCAGAUCUACGAAGAACCCGAAGAGGAAGCACCGUCUGCUCCUGCACCUACGCCCGCCGCUGCCGAACCAUCCAAAUCCGAAAAGCUACCAUUGGGCAUACGGCGCAAUCCCUUCAUGCGUUUCCAAUCCAUCAAGGGGAACCCCAUGGUGAGGUCCAACACGGACCCUACCAUGGCAUCCAAACGCUUCGAUCGCUACGAGAUACAGAAGAACCCUCCGACUCAAUCUAGGAAUGCGGCGUACACACUAAACUCGGCGGAGCCAAAGCCAGCAGAGGAUGUCAAGGCGGAUGCGGAGAAUGAACCGGAAGUGAAGAUGAAGGACGGCAAGGAGAUAAGAAGCGACGAGCUCCGUGCUGCCACUGGGUUUCGUCUAAAGGACCGCAGUGCAAAGCUGCCCACUCCUACGGCUGUCUCAGAUGCUCCAGGGCGACCAAUCGUUUCCUUCAAGAAAGACUGGAAUGUAAUCGAGAUGAAAGAGGAGAUAUCAACUACGCCUGAUCUAACACCACGGCCUCUGAACCCAACCAAGUCUGUCCCGCCUCCGCUGAAGCACGCCGAUACCGAACCCGUUGUACCUACCAUGAGUCUUACGCCAGAUGUGCCUAAGCGAAACACUACUCCAAGGCCACCUACGGUUCCAGAGAUCAACGUUCCUUCAGAGCCUAAAGUCAGUCUGGCACCAGACGUACCAGAGCGAAGCACCACUCCGAGACCGCCUGUGGUUCCAGAGGCUAACAACUCGUCUAUUUCCACUCCUGCGCCUGGGCGAUUUAGUCUAAAAGGAAAACCUACCAUCAACAUCUACGAAGACCCUCCAGCCCAAGCGAAACCCCUACCACUGACAAGCUCGCUGAGGAAAGCCAACAUACCGACUCGUCCUUCCCCUGCUCCUCUACCUACUAUCAACGUAUCUGACUCAGCUCCUGCGCGUUCAAGGACCACACCAGCACCACCAAUUCCUUCUAUUUCCGUGUCUGAGACCCCAUCAAUUUCAGCCAGGAAGAGUCCGUUUAGUCGUAGCUCGUAUGCGCCGCCAACAGGGACCACUCCUCCUGUCCCCAGCAUAUCGGUCAGCGAAUCUCCAGCUCCGAGACGAGGUUACACAACACCCUCAGUCUCCGUGACACCCGAAAUCCCAUCGAUCUCUGUGAGCGAAUCACCGGCGCCGAGCCGUGGGUCAAGAACCAAUGCUCCUCCAAUCCCAAGCAUCUCCGUGAGCGAAACACCUGCACUGAGGAGAGGAUCAACUACACCAUCCAUCAAUGUAACUCCUGAUAUACCAACCAUAUCUGUCAAUGAGGCCCCAGCCUCUACUCGAGGGCGCAACAACAAUCCUCCUUCGAUAUCGGUCAGCCCUUCAGUGCCUUCGAUCAACGUAAACACACCUAAAGGCUUUGGCCCGGCCGCCUCUACACGACCACUUCCAGUGCCGAACGCUCAAAACAAGUCCCACAGCUAUAACGGCACAGCCACUCCUCGCACCCACUGGACACCAACCACUGUCCGUACAGGCGCUCUCUGUACUCAAUGUGCACUCCCCAUCUCAGGUCGUAUCGUUUCAGCAUCAGGUUCCCGCUUCCAUCCCGAAUGCUUCGCCUGCUACCAAUGCGGCGAGCACCUCGAAUGCGUAGCCUUUUACCCGGAACCCUCCAACAAACACGCCGAACGCGUCCACCGCAUCCGCGCCCGUCUCUCUGGCGCCGACAUCCCCUACCUCCCUUCCCACCCUACCGCAGAUGACAUGGCACGUCUCGAGCACGACGACGGCACCGACGAAUCUCCACGCUUCUACUGCCAUCUCGACUUCCACGAGCUCUUCUCCCCGCGCUGCAAGAGCUGCAAGACACCCAUAGAGGGCGAGGUUAUCGUUGCCUGCGGCGCGGAAUGGCAUGCUGGUCAUUUCUUCUGCGCUCAGUGUGGUGAUCCGUUCGAUUCCACGACUCCCUUUGUCGAGAAAGAUGGGUAUGCUUGGUGUGUGAAUUGCCAUACGCAUCGGUAUAGCACCAAGUGUAAGGGGUGUAGGAAACCUGUUACCGAUACUGUUGUCAAGGCGCUUGGGGCUGAGUGGCAUGUUGGCUGUUUUGUCUGUGUGUGUUGCUCUGGGCCCUUUGAAGAUGCUUUCUAUUUCCUUAUCAGUUCUGGUCCAACCGAUAAUUCAAAGUCAAAGAAGCCGACAUCUCCCUUCAAGGACCUCAAGUCUAGUACGUAUCUGCCCGACUCUUCCGAUAGAAAGUGGCGAAGCAGUAAAACGAUGAGUUCGAUGUCAAACAUCGAUUGGGAAAUAUGGCAUAAUAGAGAAAGUGUCAAGGGAAUAAAGAAGGAAGGAGACUCGAAGUCAAGUUGCGAUCCGAAUUACUGGGAAAGAGUAGUAGAAUAUGCAAGUACGGGAUGGUCGUUAAUUGCACUUCGGUUCGAGAAAGCUUCCAGCGAGUACGAUAUCGACAAUUACGCCUCUGCGGAGUUUCUAAACUCAGACGUAGCACAAUCCUUGCUAGAAGCCCUGCGGGGUUGGGACAUGAAGAAGAGGAUUUACAAGAAGCGUGUUGCUGAGCUUGAAGAUGUAAGCGAUCAAGAAGGCAACUUACCAAGGCUCUUCCUGCAACCUUACGAUCGCUUCCCAUUAAACGUCAACGUCAAAGAUGCCUUCACACGUUACAACUUCAGGUGCGACAUCAUCAAAGACCAGGAGUUGCGCGAUCCCAAGGGAGGCAUGUAUGAGAAGCACGUUUGGAACACCUUCACCGGAAAAUGCGAACAUGAAUCGCACUUUACAGCUUCGCACAUUUUUGCUUGGCAACUGGGUCAGGAGUUAAUGACAGCUAUCUACGGAUCUUCGUCCGAAAACGAUCAGUUCUCCUCUGCGAAUGGCCUUUUCCUGCCUAUCCAUAUCAAGGAGCUAUUCGACAAUGUACCCAUGGCCACCGUGCCUGAUACCAAGGAUCUCAGGUCACAAGGCGAAAUAACAUCGUGGAUGACCACUCAUCCACAUGAAUACAAGAUCAACAUCUUCGACGAUGGUCGAGUGACCUUGGACCUUUGGGCUCUUACCGAUGCCAAAGGCCAGGACCUGACAACGCGUCAACUCGACGGAAUCAAACUGCUGUUCCCAGCUUGUAGUCUUCAAUCCAGGCCUGCUGCUUGUUACCUGUACUUCCAUUACUGUUGUCAGCUUCUGAGACAGGCUUGGAGGAGAAGGUGGAAAGGAGAUAUCAAGAGCCUUCCGCUACCGGUGUGGGAGAAAGAGCUUGCCAACAUGUUCGCUUGGGGUGCAGUGGUGAACUACUUCGCGCAUGAUCAGAUGCAAGGUUAUUUUGAGGAGCUUGGGUGCGAGUUUGAGGACUUGAAGGCAGAUGAGAUGGAUGGUGAUGGACAGGCUGAUUGA